UAUUGUCUUGUAUGCGUUCCUUGCCAUUAGUAAUAUUAUUGUCUUCUCUGUGCUGGAAUUUGAUAUACAGUUUUGCAGAUGACGUGGACAAUUGUGAAAAUCUGCGAUUGGGACAGUAUCGUUGUAAAGAUCCAGUAAUAGAUGACGCCACUCAAGAGCCACAAAACUGCAAAGACUCGUUGGCCUGGGUGGAAUGUUGUCCUGCUCCCAACGUCAGCUGUCGCUUAGCAAAUGGGACCACGUUUAAGUUCAGCGGGGAAGAAGUUGGUUUCAACAAAAGUAUCCCGUGCCGAAAUGUGAGCGGUUACUCAUACAAAGUUGCUGUUGCUCUGUCACUCUUCCUGGGAUGGCUUGGAGCGGAUCGGUUCUACUUGGGUUAUCCAGCCUUAGGCCUGCUGAAGUUCUGCACCGUGGGAUUCUGUGGAAUCGGAAGUCUGGUGGAUUUCAUGCUGAUUUCCAUGCAGAUUGUGGGACCAUCUGAUGGUUCUGACUAUAUUGUGGAUUACUAUGGGGCCCGGCUCACACGACUUUCCAUCACUAACGAAACCUACAGAAGAACACAGCUGUCUUGAGGAGAAAGAGGGUUGUUGAAACGCACGAGAGACCAACAGCACUCCAGAAUAAUGACAUGUAAAGCAGUUUUCCUUUCUAGUUAAAUGAGAAUAUACAACCUCAGCCGACUGCUGUACGUGUGUAAGAGGACUUGGUAAAUAAUCAAGGUCAUAGAGUGUUGGGCUUUUGAAGUUUUGGUUGGUGCUCUGUACUUUGACCAUGGGGUUAAGAGUCUUCAUAGAACCUUUGCACAUCAAUCUUCUAUCCCUCUUUCCCUCACUCUCUCCAUUCCUCUAAAAUAGAGCCCACCCUUAGAACCUUUCAGUAUGUCUGAGUGUGUUUCUCUUUGCUGUUGGCUGUAAAGAAGUCUUUUGAUGUUUGCUGUCUUGAUGUA